AUGGCAAAUUCAAAAAUAUUCCUAAUUAAAGACUUCGAAGUCAGUCCCGUGGCUCUAAGCGCUAGUUCCGAAAAAUCAGCAAAAAAAGUAUGUACAGAUGCAACUGCUAAUAAUCCUAAGAAUAGUCCUCGUUUCCUUGUUGUCUCUAGUUCUUCUGGCGAGCUUCAAAAGAUGUCUCCUUUUGUUAUAAAUAAAUAUAUCCAUUCUUGCAUUGGUGAGCCCAAAAAUAUUAAGCGUCUCCGCUCUGGAAACUUGCUGAUGGAUACAACUUCGGCCACCCAGUCUGCUUCCUUACUUCAAAUAACCAAACUUGGUAAUGCAACGGUCACUGUAACAGGGCAUAAGACAUUGAAUUAUUCUCGCGGCGUAAUCUCGGAAGUCGACCUUCUGUCUGUUCCUGAAGAAGAGUUCGUUUCCGAGUUAGCUGAUCAAAAGGUUUGUGCUGCAAAGCGGAUCAAGAUGCUUAAGGAAGGUCAGUUGAUUGACACGAAACACGUCAUCCUGACCUUCAAGUCGCCUGAUCUGCCGAAGAAUAUCAAGGCUGGAUAUCUUAAUUGCCCCGUGAGACCGUAUAUUCCAAAUCCUAUGCGAUGCUUCCAGUGCCAGCGUUUCGGCCAUUCCAAGAUGUCCUGUCGUGGGACCCUGACGUGCGCUCGAUGCUCGUCGGUUGGCCACGACAGUGAUAAUUGCACCGCUGCAGCACUGUGCGGAACAAAUGGAUUUUCUGAUUUUCAGUUUCUAGUUGAACCUCAUGAUACUAUUGUGAUAAAAGACCAUUCCACAAUAUUAAAUUGCUCUGCAGCUGGCAACCCUUCACCUGUUAUAGGUUGGAAGAAAGAUGGUGCUUUAUUAGAAUUAUUGCAAGAUGAUAGAAGAUCUAUCUUAGCCAAUGGUUCAUUGCUUUUCCAAAGAGUUCUGCACAGUAGGACACAAAGACCUGAUGAAGGCGUUUACCAAUGUACAGCGUUUUUAGAUGGCAUUGGAUCUAUAAUCAGCAGAGAAGCAAAGCUUCAGAUAGCAUCUUUACCACCAUUUGAUAAAAAUCCUCAUAAUAACAGUAUACUAGAAGGCCAGACUGCAUAUUUUCCAUGCUCAAUUCAAGGUAUACCUCCUGCUACCAUAUCAUGGUUACGGAAUGAACAAAUUCUGCGCUUAGAUCAAACCCGAAUGACAGUUUUUCCAAGUGGUGCUUUAGAAAUUGUUUCAGUUAGUCAUUCAGAUGAAGGCAUGUAUCGCUGUGUUGCAGUCAAUGCAGAUAAAUCUCGUGAAAGUGGAGCAGGAGCAUUGAUUGUGAAUACUGAUUACAAUGAAUUAAAUAGGCUUUCUCCACAUUUCAUUGCCAAACCUCCUAAUACAACUGUCGUAACAAGAGGAUCACACUUAACCUUAGACUGCGCAGCUAAUGGAAUUCCACAACCAAGAAUUACAUGGUUAAAGGAUGGAACCACAGUUGAUUUAGCAGACUUAGACAGUAGGUAUAGAAUUGUGGGCUCUGGCAGUUUGUACAUAGAAAAUGUAGUUGAAGAGGAUACUGGAAUUUACAUGUGUCGUGCAGAAAAUGCUGAAGAUUCAGUUGAUACAAGUGCAAUAGUUGAUAUCUUAGUGCCACCGUACUUUGUCAAGAGGCCAGAAAAUCGAAAUGCGUAUGAGAAAGAAGAUAUAACUUUGGAAUGUGAAGUAUAUGGGAAACCUGUACCUAUCUUGCAGUGGUUUAAGAAUGGAACUAGUAUUAUUCCCAGUGAAUAUUUUCAAAUAACAAGUGGGAAUAAUUUGAAAAUUUUUGGAUUGGUUAAAUCAGAUUCUGGUAUUUAUCAAUGUUUCGCUAAAAAUUCUGCAGGAAGCAUCCAGGCAUCAGCGCAGCUUGUUGUAUUCCCUUCUG